CGCAUGUCCUACGCCAUAGCCCGCGGUGAAGUCGGAGUCCUCUCCUUCGAACCCUACAAAUCAAUCCUGCUCCCGCACUGGCGUUUCCGAACAGUCCCAAUCGCCAAGAAAUCAUCCCAAACCCUCAAGUCCGCUUUCGACCACUAUGUCCGCUCAGAGGAUCUCGUCGGAGCCGACAUGGCCCGCAAAUUCAUCCAAAUGGGCAUGACGCGGGCUCGGCGGUACGCGAACUACAAGGGCGGGAGGAAGUACGAGAAGUCCGAGAAGGAACUCGAGGCGGAGGGAAAGGUCAAGGCUGAUCGGGUGAGGAAGGAGAAGAGUGCUGGGCAUGAUGGGAGGGAGGAGAAGGCGGCUGCUAGUGAGGUUUUCAAGGAGGUUUGGAGAGAGUGUAUUGAGGAUGAGGGGUAUGUUAGGUUGAAGGAGGUGUGGAAGAAGGAGAAGAAGGAGUGG